AUAAAGUCUCUUCUCUGAAGAAACGGAUUUACUUUUUACUUCUUCUUCCUCACAAAAACUGUCCUCUUCAAUGGAUACAACUCGUGUAGAUCUCUUCUUCAUCAUCAUCGCUCUCUUCUCCUCAACUCUCACUUCCUCCCUCCCAGACCCCUCCUUCUACGACUACCUCCGAGAAAGCAACCUCCCCGCGGGAAUCGUCCCCAAAGGAGUCACAAACUUCUCAAUCGACAUCAAAACGGGGCGUUUCACAGUCGCUCUCCCCGUCCCCUGCGACGCGAAAUUCGAGAACCAGUUCCACUUCGACUACAACAUCUCAGGCGUGCUCUCCGAUGGGAGGAUCGGGAACUUAUCCGGUGUGACGCAGAAGGAGCUUUUCCUUUGGUUUGCUGUCAAAGGGAUACACGUGGAUCCCGUGAGCUCCGGGUUGAUCCACUUCGAUGUCGGUGUCGCUGAUAAGCAGCUUUCUCUGUCUUUGUUCGAGUCGCCUCGUGAUUGUACUGCCGCGGAGGUUGAGCAUCGUUCCGUUGAUCUUUUUAAGCCACGUGGUGAUCUAAAGAAGCAAUCUUCUGGAGAUAUACAAUCGAUAUUUGGACCACCAAGGAAUCGCUGGACAGUAUCAUCAUCUUAGGUUUCUUUUGGAAAGAGCUGCAAAUUUUACUGAUGAUGUCUAUGGGUAUGGUGUGUCUUUGUAAAAAGUCUGGCUUGUAGUUUUUUUUUUUUUUGUGGUAUACUAUAUCAGUUAGUAUCAACAGUAUAAGCCUUCAGGGACUGGGUAGACGGAUUUAGAGGGUUUGAGUACUUUUUUUGGUUUGUAAUAGAUUAGGAUGUUUAAGACAUAUUGUAUACAUAUAUGCUGCGUGUGGAUUUUUUUCAGACACUGGUGUGUUCUGUUGUUAUCACUCUUUUUGUUUCGUGGAUUUACGUUUAAGGAAGUUUAUGAUGCAUGAAUCGUUUUG